AUGUUUGCCAUCUGCCCGCCCACUGCCCCUGCCAAUGCCCCGUUCCGGCAGGGCCGGGGGGUCCCGGCGCUGGGCACGGCCAUCCCGGAGCCUGGGCAGGACUCCAACUCCAACUUCGUGGGAGAGGUGUGUGACAGCAACGAGAACUGGAGCCGGCCAGCGCCGGGGACCCUGCUGGAGGAGGGCUGCAGCCGGAGCGAAAACACCACAAAUCCACCCCAUAAUCUGCUGUCAUUAAUGCAGAGACAGAUGGGCCAGGGCCGGCUUAGGGACGCCGCCCCGAGCCCGGGUGCCACCCGCCUGUGUCUGCCCGAGCCGGGGCUGCGCAGCCCCCCCGAGGGAGCGGAGGUCAGCGGGGCUGCGAGCCAAAACCCCCUCAGCGAGGAGCCAGCCUUGGGAUACAGCAAGCCCCCCAGCUCCCCCGUGGAGGACAACGGCUACGCCAGCAGCUCCCUCAGCAUCGACAGCCCCGACAGCGCCUGCGGCAGCUCCUGGGACCCCUCUGCCGCUGCGCCGCUCCCCGGCAGCCCACCCCCGCCGGGGAUGACCGAGCCUGAGCCGGGGACCCUCUUCCCAGUUCUGGCAGAGGCCGUGCAGCAUCUCCAGGACAAGGAGCGCUUCAAGGAGCAGGAGAAGGAGAAGCACCACAUCCAGCUGGUGAUGUACAGGCGCCUGGCCCUGCUGCGCUGGAUCCAUGGCCUCCAGCAGCGAGUGGUGGAGCAGCAGAACCGCCUGCAGGAGAGCUUCGACACCAUCCUGGACAACCGCAAGGAGCUGAUCCGCUGCAUGCAGCACGGCCCGCUGUGCCCUGCUGCCACCCCCAGCCCCUGA